GGCUUCUCCAGCUGACAGCGUCCGCCUGUCCUUUCGUCCCUGUCCAGUCUGAGGACCGGCCAGAGAGUGGGCUGCUGGGUGGGAGCCGUGUCGGUCCUGGGCCCGUGGAGGGAGGUGAGGCCCAGCAGCCCCUGCCCUGCCGUCUGAGCCCCCCGCCUGGGUGCUGCUCCCAGCCUCCCGUAGAGACAGGUCCGUCCCGCCGCCCCCGCCCCCCCACCAUGGAUCACUCAUUCAGCGGGGCGCCCCGAUUCCUGACCCGGCCCAAGGCCUUCGUGGUGUCGGUGGGGAAGGACGCCACGCUGAGCUGCCAGAUCGUGGGCAACCCUACGCCGCAGGUGAGCUGGGAGAAGGACCAGCAGCCGGUGGAGGCGGGCUCUCGCUUCCGGCUGGCCCAGGACGGCGACCUGUACCGCCUCACCAUCCUGGACCUGGCCCUGGGCGACAGCGGGCAGUACGUGUGCCGCGCGCGCAAUGCCAUCGGCGAGGCCUUCGCGGCCGUGGGCCUGCAGGUGGACGCCGAGGCCACUUACGCCGAGCAGGCGCCCCACUUCCUGCUGCGGCCCACGUCCAUCCGCGUGCGCGAGGGCGCCGAGGCCACCUUCCGCUGCCGCGUGCGCGGCUCGCCGCCCAUGGCCGUGAGCUGGGCCAAGGACGGCCGGCGCCUGGGCGCGCCCGACGCCCCCCGGGUGCGCGUGGAGGCCAGCGGCGAGGCCAGCGCGCUGCGCAUUCAGUCCGCGCGGCCGCGCGACGGGGGCACAUACACGGUGCGCGCCGAGAACCCGCUGGGCGUCGCCAGUGCCGACGCCGCGCUCACGGUAGACGCGGACCCAGACGCCGCCCCGCCGGGAGCCUCCACUGCCGGGCUUCUGGCGCACCUGCAGCGGCGUCGGGAGGCGAUGCGCGCCGAGGGCAUCCCUGCCUCGCCACCUGGCUCUGGCACGCGCACCUGUACGGUGACUGAAGGCAAGCACGCGCGCCUCAGUUGCUACGUGACGGGCGAGCCUAAGCCAGAGACGGUGUGGAAGAAGGAUGGCCAGCUGGUGGUGGAGGGCCGGCGACACCUGGUGUACGAGGACGCUCAGGAGAACUUCGUGCUCAAGAUCCUCUUCUGCAAGCAGUCGGACCGGGGCCUCUACACCUGCACGGCGUCCAACCUGGUGGGCCAAACCUACAGCUCCGUGCUGGUCGUCGUACGAGAGCCCGCCGUGCCCUUCAAGAGGCGACUUCAGGACCUGGAGGUGCGGGAGAAGGAGUCGGCCACGUUCCAGUGCGAGGUGCAGCUGCCGUCCACGGAGGCUGCGUGGUACAAGGAGGACACGCGUCUGUGGGCCAGCGCCAAGUACGGCAUCGAGGAGGCGGGCACUGAGCGCAGGCUCACGGUGCGCAACGUCUCGGCCGACGACGACGCCGUCUACAUCUGCGAGACCACGGAGGGCAGCCGCACCGUGGCAGAGCUCGCGGUGCAAGGAAACCUCAUUCGGAAGCUCCCGAGGAAGACCGCGGUCCGCGUGGGUGACACGGCCAUGUUUUGUGUGGAGCUGGCCAGGCCCGAGGGCCCUGUCCACUGGCUGAGGAACCAGGAGGAGAUGGUGGCCGGGGGCCGCGUGGCCAUCACCACAGAAGGCAUGUGCCACACGCUGACCAUCUCCCAGUGCAGCCUGGAGGACAUGGGCGAGGUGACCUUCACUGCUGGUGACUGCCGGACGUCCACCCAGUUCUUCGUGUCUGCCCCUAGGAGGCCGCCCCUGCAUGCCCCUGAGGCCCCUGUGGUAAAGGGAAGGACAGAGUGCUCCGUCACCCUUGCCUGGUCCCCACCACCCCAUGGGGACCGCCCUGUCCCCAUCGACGGUUAUCUGGUGGAAAAGAAGCGGCUUGGUGCCUAUACCUGGAGCCGGUGCCACGAGGCGGAGUUGGUGGCUGAACGUGAGCUGACUGUGGCCAGCGUGGCUGAGGAGGGGGACUUCCAGUUCCGGGUAUCAGCUGUGAACAGCUUUGGCCAGAGCCCCUACCUGGAGUUUCCAGGGACUGUCCACCUGGCCCCCCAGCUGGCUGUGAAGACUCCUCUGAAGGCGGUGGAGGCGGUGGAGGGUGGCGAGGUGACCUUCUCGGUGGACCUCACUCUGGCCUCUGCUGGAGAGUGGUUCCUGGAUGGCCAGGCCCUAAAGGCCAGCAGUGUAUAUGUGAUCCGUCACGAUGGCACGCAGCAUGCCCUCACCAUCCGCUCCGUGUCCGCCAGCCUGCAUGGCGCUGAGCUCAAGUUCGUGGCCAACGGAAUUGAGAACAGCAUCCGUAUGGAGGUCCGAGCCCCAGGGCUGGCCGCCAAGCGUCCAGUGGCAGCUGUGAGGGAAGUGCUGGCCCGGCUGCAUGAGGAGGCGCAGCUCUUGGCAGAGCUCUCAGACCAGGCUGCGGCGGUGACAUGGCUGAAGGACGGCCACGUGCUGCCCCUGGGCCCCAAAUACGAGGUCCAGGCGAGUGCCGGACAGUGGGCACUGCUGGUGCGGGAUGUGGUGCGAGACGAUGCUGGCCUGUACGAGUGUGUCAGCCGUGGGGGCCGCAUCGCCUACCAGCUGUUGGUGCAAGGGCUCACUCCCUUUCUGCACAAGGACACAGCUGGUGGCUUGGUGGAUGCCGUGGCCGGGGGCCCAGCCCACUUUGAAUGUGAGACUUCUGAGGCCCAGGUUUGUGUGCGCUGGUACAAGGAUGGCACAGAGCUCAGCCGCUCCAGCCAGCGCUUCCUGCAGGAGGACGUGGGAACGUGGCACCGGCUGGUGGCAGCCUCGGUCACCAAGCAGGAUGAGGGCACCUACUCAUGCCGUGUGGGCGAGGACUCCGUGGACUUCCAGCUGCGUGUCAGUGAGCCCUCAGCCGUGUUUGCCAAGGGGCAGCCGGCACACAGUGAGGUGCAGGCCAAGGUGGGGGCCAGCGCCAUGCUGAGCUGCGAGGUGGCCCAGGACAAGACGGAGGUGACGUGGUACAAGGGCGGGAAGAAGCUGAGUGCCAGCUCCAAAGUGCGCAUGGAGGCCACGGGCUGCAGCAGGAGGCUGGUGGUGCAGCAGGCGGGGAAGGUGGACGCCGGGGAGUACAGCUGCGAGGCCAGGGGAGAGAAGGUCUCCUUCUGCCUGGACAUGACAGAACCUGUAUUGGUGUUUGCCAAGGGACAGACAACACACAGUGAGGUACAGACCAAGGCGGGGGCCAGUGCCACACUGAGCUGUGAGGUGGCCCAGGACAAGACAGAGGUGACGUGGUACAAGGACAGGAAGAAGCUGAGUGCAAGCUCCAGAGUGCGUGUGGAGGCCAAGGGCUGCAGCAGGAGGCUGGUGGUGCAGCAGACGGCAAAGGCGGACGCGGGGGAGUACAGCUGUGAGGCUGCGGGGGAGAAGGUCUCCUUCCGCCUGGAUGUCAUUGAGCGCUCGGCCAUGUUUGCUAAGGGGCAGCCAGCAUGCAGUGAGGUGCAGGCCAAGGCAGGGGCCAGUGCCACGCUGAGCUGUGAGGUGGCUCAGGACAAGACGGAGGUGACAUGGUACAAGGAUGGGAAGAAACUGAGUGCCAGCUCCAGAGUGCACAUGGAGGCCAAGGGCUGCAGCAGGAAGCUGGUGGUGCAGCAGGCAGGGAAGGUGGAUGCUGGGGAGUACAGCUGUGAGGCCGGGGGCCAGAAGGUGUCUUUCCACCUGGAUGUCACAGAGCCCUCAGCUGUGUUUGCCAAGGAGCAGCCAGCAUGCAGUGAGGUGCAGGCCAAGGCGGGGACCAGUGCCACACUGAGCUGCGAGGUGGCCCAGGACAAGACAGAGGUGACGUGGUACAAGGACGGGAAGAAGCUGAGUGCCAGCUCCAAAGUGUGCAUGGAGGCCAAGGGCUGCAGCAGGCGGCUGGUGGUGCAGCAGGCAGGGAAGGCGGAUGCCGGGGAGUACAGCUGUGAGGCCGGGGGCCAGAAGGUGUCCUUCCACCUGGAUGUCACAGAGCUUGCAGCUGUAUUUGCCAAGGAGCAGCCGGCAUGCAGUGAGGUUCAGGCCAAGGCAGGGGCCAGUGCCACAUUGAGCUGCGAGGUGGCCCAGGACAAGACGGAGGUGAUGUGGUACAAGGAUGGGAGGAAGCUGAGUGCAAGCUCCAGAGUGCGUGUGGAGGCCAAGGGUUGCAGCAGGAAGCUGGUGGUGCAGCAAGCAGGGAGAGCAGAUGCUGGGGAGUACAGCUGCGAGGCCAGGGGAGAGAAGGUGUCCUUCUGCCUGGACGUUACAGAGCCUGCAGCUGUGUUUGCCAAGGAGCAGCCGGCACACAGUGAGGUGCAGGCCAAGGCAGGGGCCAGCGCCACGCUGAGCUGCGAGGUGGCCCAGGCCCAGACAGAGGUGACGUGGUACAAGGACGGGAAGAAGCUGAGUGCGAGCUCCAGAAUGCACGUGGAGGCCAAGGGCUGCAGCAGGCGGCUGGUGGUGCAGCAGGCAGGGAAGGCGGAUGCCGGGGAGUACAGCUGUGAGGCCGGGGGCCAGAAGGUGUCCUUCCAUCUGGACGUCACAGAGCCUGCAGUCAUGUUUGCCAAGGAGCAGCCAGCACACAGUGAGGUGCAGGCCAAGGCAGGGGCCAGUGCCACACUGAGCUGCGAGGUGGCCCAGGCCCAGACAGAGGUGACGUGGUACAAGGACGGGAAGAAGCUGAGUGCGAGCUCCAGAAUGCGUGUGGAGGCCAAGGGCUGCAGCAGGCGGCUGGUGGUGCAGCAGGCAGGGAAGGCGGAUUCUGGGAAGUACAGCUGUGAGGCCGGGGGCCAGAAGGUGUCCUUCCGCCUGGAUGUCACAGAGCCUUCAGCUGUAUUUGUCAAGGAGCAGCCAGCAUGCAGUGAGGUGCAGGCCAAGGCAGGGGCCAGUGCCACACUGAGCUGUGAGGUGGCCCAGGCCCAGACGGAGGUGACAUGGUACAAGGAUGGGAAGAAGCUGAGUGCGAGCUCCAAAGUGCACGUGGAGGCCAAGGGCUGCAGCAGGCGGCUGGUGGUGCAGCAGGCAGGGAAGGCCGACGCCGGGGAGUACAGCUGUGAGGCCGGGGGCCAGAAGGUGUCCUUCCAUCUGGACGUCACAGAACCUACAGUGGUGUUUGCCAAGGAGCAGCCUGCACGCAGUGAGGUGCAGGCCAAGGCAGGGGCCAGCGCCACACUGAGCUGCGAGGUGGCCCAAGACAAGACAGAGGUGACAUGGUACAAGGACGGGAAGAAGCUGAGUGCGAGCUCCAAAGUGCACAUGGAGGCCAAGGGCUGCAGCAGGAAGCUGGUGGUGCAGCAGGCGGGGAAGGUGGAUGCUGGGGAGUACCUCUGUGAGGCCGGGGGCCAGAAGGUGUCCUUCUGCCUGGAUGUCACAGAACCUACAGUGGUGUUUGCCAAGGAGCAGCCUGCACGCAGUGAGGUACAGGCCAAGGCAGGGGCCAGCGCCACACUGAGCUGCGAGGUGGCCCAGGACAAGACAGAGGUGACAUGGUACAAGGACAGGAAGAAGCUGAGUGCGAGCUCCAAAGUGCACAUGGAGGCCAAGGGCUGUAGCAGGAGGCUGGUGGUGCAACAGGCGGGGAAGGUGGAUGCUGGGGAGUACAGCUGUGAGGCCGGGGGCCAGAAGGUGUCCUUCCACCUGGAUGUCACAGAGCCUGCAGCUGUGUUUGCCAAGGAGCAGCCGGCACACAGUGAGGUGCAGGCCAAGGCAGGGGCCAGCGCCACGCUGAGCUGUGAGGUGGCCCAGGCCCAGACGGAGGUGACAUGGUACAAGGAUGGGAAGAAACUGAGUGCGAGCUCCAGAGUGUGCGUGGAGACCAAGGGCUGCAGCAGGAGGCUGGUGGUGCAGCAGGCGGGGAAGGCAGACACCGGGGAGUACAGCUGUGAGGCUGGGGGCCAGAAGGUGUCCUUCCUCCUGGAUGUCACAGAGCCCUCGGUCAUGUUUGCCAAGGAGCAGCCAGCACUCAGUGAGGUGCAGGCCAAGGCGGGGGCCAGUGCCACACUGAGCUGCGAGGUGGCCCAGGCCCAGACGGAGGUGACGUGGUACAAGGACGGGAAGAAGCUGAGUGCCAGCUCCAGAAUGCGUGUGGAGGCCAAGGGCUGCAGCAGGAAGCUGGUGAUGCAGCAGGCAGGGAAGGUGGACGCCGGGGAGUACAGCUGUGAGGCCGGGGGAGAGAAGGUGUCCUUCCACCUGGACGUCACAGAGCUGGAGCCUGCGACCCCCACGGUGGAGAGACCUGGCCGCAGAGAGCCUCUGGUGGUCAGGGAGCACGAGGACAUUGUCCUGACCGCCAUGCUGGCUACGCCCUCCGUGGCCGCAGUGACGUGGCUCAAGGACGGCGUGGAGAUCCGCCGCAGCAAGCGGCACGAAACGGCCAGCCUGGGGGACACCCACACCCUGACGAUCCGCGGCGCGCAAACCCUGGACACUGCAGUGUACAGCUGCCGCGUGGGCGCAGAUGGGCAGGACUUCCCAGUGCAGGUGGAAGAGGUGGCCGCUAAGUUCUGCCGGCCCCUGGAGCCUGUGAGCGGGGAGCUAGGUGGCACGGUGACGCUGGCCUGCGAGCUGAGCCCGCCGCAGGCCGAGGUGGUGUGGCGCUGCGGGAGCACGCAGCUCCGGGCUGGCAAGCGCUUCCAGAUGGAAGCCACAGGUCCCUGGCGCUCGCUCACCGUGUCUGGCCUGCGGCUGGAGGAUGCAGGGCAGUAUGCAUGUGAGACCCGGGAUGACUGCACCAGCGCGCAGCUCUCCGUCAGCGCCCCCCGCAUGGUCAAGUUCAUGUCUGGGUUAAGCGCCGUGGUGGCAGAAGAGGGCCAGGAGGCCACCUUCCAGUGCGUGGUGUCCCCCAGCGAUGCAGCAGUCAGGUGGUUCCGGGACGGCGCGUUGCUGCAGCCCAGUGAGAAGUUCCUCAUCUCACAGAGUGGCGCGAGCCACAGCCUGACCAUCUUGGGCCUGACCCUGGACGACCCAGGCCAGAUCACCGCAGAGGCCGAGGGGGUCUCCUCCGCUGCUGCCCUCCGGGUGCGAGAGGCUCCAGUGCUGUUCAGAAAGAAGCUGGAGCCACAGACGGUGGAGGAGCAGAGCUCAGUGGCCAUGGAGGUAGAGCUGACACGGCCAUGGCCCGAGGUCAAGUGGACACGGAACGCAGUGGCCCUGGUGCCAGGCAAGAACGUGGAGAUUCACGCCGAGAGCACCAGGCACCGCUUGGUUCUUCACUGCGUGGGUUUUGCCGACCGCGGCUUUUAUGGCUGUGAGACUCCAGACGACAAGACGCAGGCCAAGCUCACCGUGGAAAUGCGCCAGGUCCGGCUUGUGCGGGGCCUGCAGGCGGUGGAGGUGUGGGAGCAGGGCACAGCCACCAUGGAUGUGGAGCUGUCACACGACAACGUGGAGGGCAGCUGGACGCGAGACAGUGUGCGGCUGCAGCCAGGGUCCACGUGCCAGCUGGCCGUGCAAGGCCCCAUCCACACCCUCAUCCUGUCGGGGCUGCGGCCGCAGGAUAGUGGCCUCAUCGCCUUCAAAGCCGAGGGGGUGCACACGUCUGCACGGCUUACGGUCACUGAGCUGCCUGUGAGGUUCAGCCGCCCUCUGCAGGAUGUGGUGGCCACAGAGAAAGACAGGGUGACCUUGGAGUGUGAGCUGUCUCGCCCCAACGUGGACGUGCGCUGGCUGAAGGACGGCGUGGAGCUUAGGGUGGGCAAGACAGUGGGCAUGGUGGCCCAGGGCGCCUGUCGGAGUCUCAUCAUUUUCCGCUGUGAGCUUGGUGACCAGGGCGUGUACGUGUGCGAUGCUCGUGAUGCUCAGAGCUCAGCCUCCCUGAAGGUGCAAGGUCGUAACAUCCAGAUCGUAAGGCCCCUGGAGGAUGUGGAGGUGAUGGAAAAGGAGGGCGCCACCUUCUCUUGCAAGAUCUCUCACGAUGAGGUGCCAGCCCAGUGGUUCUGGGAGGGCAGUAAGCUUCGGCCCAGUGACAAUGUGCGCAUCCGCCAGGAAGGGAGGACAUACACCCUCAUCUACCGGAGGGUCCUGGCAGAAGAUGCAGGAGAGAUCAGAUUUGUAGCCGAAAAUGCAGAAUCUCGAGCUGAGCUCCGAGUCAAAGAGCUGCCGGUGACCAUCCUGCGCCCACUUCGGGACAAGAUAGCCAUGGAGAGGCACCGCGGUGUGCUGGAGUGCCAGAUGUCCAGGGCCAGCGCCCAGGUGCAGUGGUUCAAGGGCAGCGUGGAGCUGCAGUCAGGACCCAAGUACGAGAUGGUCAGCGACGGCCUCUACCGCAAGCUGAUCAUCAACGACGUGCAGCCGGAGGAUGAGGACACCUACACGUGCGACGCUGGCAACGUGAAGACCAGUGCCCAGUUCUUUGUGGAAGAGCAAUCCAUCACCAUCGUUCGAGGCCUGCAAGACGUGACUGUGAUGGAGCCCGCACCUGCCUGGUUCGAAUGCGAGACCUCCAUCCCCUCGGUGCGGCCGCCCAAGUGGUUCCUGGGAAAGACAGUGCUCCAGGCCGGGCCCACCGUAGGCAUGGAGCAGGAGGGAACGGUGCACCGGCUGACGCUGCGACGAACCUGCUCCACCAUGACUGGGCCGGUGCACUUCACCAUCGGCAAGUCGCGCUCCACCGCACGCCUGGUGGUCUCUGACAUCCCCAUGGUGCUCACACGGCCCCUGGAGCCCAAGGCGGGGCGCGAGCUGCAGUCGGUGGUCCUGUCCUGCGACUUCAAGCCGGCCCCCAAGGCCGUGCAGUGGUACAAGGAGGACACGCCCCUGGCGCCCUCCGACAAGUUCAAGAUGAGGCUGGAGGGCCACAUGGCGGAGCUGCGCGUCCUCCGGCUCACGCCCGCGGACGCCGGCGUCUACCGGUGCCAGGCCGGCAGCGCCCAGAGCAGCGCUGAGGUCACGGUGGAAGCGCGCGAGGUUACAGUGACGCAGCCGAUGCAGGACGCAGAAGCCACGGAGGAGGGCCGCGCCUGCUUCUCGUGUGAGCUGUCCCAUGAGGACGAGGAGGUCGAGUGGUCGCUCAACGGCACACCUCUGUACAACGACAGCUUCCACGAGAUCUCCCACGAAGGCCGUCGCCACACGCUGGUGCUGAAGCGGGUUCGGCGGGCCGACGCCGGCCUUGUGCGCGCCUGCUCCCCCAAGGUGUCGGUCACUGCCCGCCUGGAGGUCAAAGCAAAGCCGGUGGUGUUCCUGAAAGCGCUGGACGAUGUGUCCGCGGAGGAGCGGGGCACGCUGGCCCUGCAGUGCGAGAUCUCAGACCCCCAGGCCCGCGUGGUGUGGCGCAAGGACGGGGUGGAGCUGGUCCCUAGUGACAAGUACGACUUCCUGCACACGGCGGGCACGCGCGGGCUCGUGGUGCACGACCUGAGCUGGGAAGACACCGGCCUCUACACUUGCAGUGUGGGCUCCGAGGAGACCAGCUCCAGAGUCAGCGUGCACGACCUGCAUGUGGGCAUCACCAAGAGGCUGAAGUCGGUGGAGGUGCCGGAGGGCCAGAGCUGCACCUUCGAGUGUGUCCUGUCCCAUGAGAACCCCAGCGAUGUGGCCAUAUGGACAGUUGGCGGGAAGACAGUGGGUGGCUCUGGCCGCUUCCGGGCCACACGCCAGGGCCGCAAAUACACCCUGGUUGUUCAAGAUGUGGUUCCUGGAGACGCUGGGGAGGUGGUGUUCUCCGUGCGGGACCUCACCUCCAAGGCCUCCCUCAUCAUCAGAGAGAGGCCGGCAGGUAUCACGAAGCCUCUAGAAGACCAGCAGGCUGCUCCAGGUGAGGAUGUGGUGAUGAGCUGUGAGCUGUCUCGGGCUGGGACCCCGGUGCGCUGGCUAAAGGACAGGAAGGCCAUUCGCAAGAGUCAGAAGUAUGACCUGGUCACGGAAGGCACUUGGGCCACUCUGGUGGUCCGUGCGGUGUCGCUCAAGGAUUCAGGAGAAUACACGUGUGAGACAGAAGCUUCCAAGAGCACAGCAAGUCUCCGUGUGGAAGAAAAAGCCAACUGGUUCACGGAGGAGCUGACCGACCUGCACGUGGAAGAGAAGGGCACAGCCGUGUUCACGUGCAAGACAGAGCGUCCCGCAGCUGUGGUGAUCUGGCGCAAGGGCCUCAUGGAGCUGCAUGCCUCUGGGAAGCACGCACCCAGCCAGGAGGGCCUGACCCUGAGGCUCACCAUCAGCGCCUUGGAGAAGGCGGACAGCGACACCUACACCUGUGACAUCAGCCAGGCCUGUUCCCAGGCCCGGCUCCUGGUGCUAGGCCGGAAAGUGCUCAUCACGGAGGAUCUGGAGGACAUGGAGGUGCGUGAGGGCUCCUCGGCCACCUUCUCUUGUCGCAUCUCCCCUGCCGACUACGAGCCUGUCCACUGGUUCCUGGACAAGACGCCCCUGCACCCGAAUGAGCUUAAUGAGAUUGAGGUUCAGCCAGGUGGCUACCACGUGCUGACCCUGCGGCAGCUGGCGCUCAAGGACUCAGGCACCAUCCACUUUGAGGCAGGGGACCAGCGGACCUCAGCCACCCUUCAGGUCACAGAAAAGCCAAGUGUCUUCUCCCGGGAGCUCACGGAUGCCACGGUCACAGAGGGGGAGGAUCUGACCUUAGUCUGUGAGACUACCGCCCCGGACAGCCCCGUGUGCUGGACCAAGGAUGGAAAGACCCUGCGGCCAUCAGCCCGGUGCCAGCUGAGCCAGGAGGGCCACCGGGCCCAGCUGGUCAUCAAGGGCACCACUGUGCAGGAUGGUGGGCGCUACAAGUGUGAGGCCGGGGGCUCCUGGAGCAGCUCCAUUGUCAGGGUCCACGCACGGCCGGUGCGGUUCCGUGAGGGGCUGAAGGACCUGGACGUGCCGGAGGGUGGAGCUGCCACACUGCGCUGUGUGCUGUCAUCCAUGGCUGCGCCUGUGGAAUGGCGCCGUGGAGAUGAGGUUCUGCGGCCCGGAGGCAAGUACAGCCUGCGUCAGGAGGGCGCAGUGCUAGAGCUGGUGGUCCGGGACCUGCGGCCCCAGGACACCGGGCAGUACUCCUGCCACUUCGGGGACCAGAUGACCUUGGCCAUGCUCACAGUGAAGGCCCUGCCUGCUGAGUUCAUAGGGAGACUGAGAAGCAAGGAGGCUUCAGAAGGGGCCACAGCCACGCUGCGCUGUGAGCUGAGCAAGGAGGCUCCCGUGGAGUGGAGGAAGGGGUCUGAGACCCUGAGAGCCGGGGACAGAGUCAGCCUGAGGCAGGACGGGACCAUGUGUGAGCUGGAGAUCCGUGGCCUGGCCGUGGCAGAUGCUGGGGAGUACUCGUGUGUGUGUGGGCAGGAGAGGACUUCAGCCAUGAUGACUGUCAGGGCCCUGCCUGCUGAGUUCAUAGGGAGACUGAGAAGCAAGGAUGCCACGGAAGGGGCCACAGCCACUCUGCACUGUGAGCUGAGCAAGGAGGCCCCUGUGGAGUGGAGGAAAGGGUCUGAGACCCUUAGAGCUGGGGGCAGAGUCAGCCUGAGACAGGAUGGGACCAUGUGUGAGCUGGAGAUCUGUGACCUGGCUGUGGUGGACGCUGGGGAAUACUCAUGUGUGUGCGGGCAGGAGAGGACGUCGGCCACACUGACUGUCAGGGCCCUGCCUGCCAAGUUCACAAAGAGCCUGAGGAAGGAAGAGGCCACAGAAGGGGCCACAGCAAAGCUGCGCUGUGAGUUAAGCAGGGUGGCCCCCGUGGAGUGGAAGAAGGGGUCUGAGACCCUCAGAGCUGGGGACAGAGUCAGCCUGAGGCAGGACAAGACCGUGUGUGAGCUGGAGAUCCGUGGCCUGACCAUGGAGGAUGCUGGGGAGUACUCGUGUGUGUGUGGGCAGGAGAGGACAUCGGCCACACUGACUGUCAGAGCCCUGCCCGCCAAGUUCACAAAGAGCCUGAGGAAGGAAGAGGCCACAGAAGGGGCCACGGCCACUCUGCACUGUGAGCUGAGCAAGGAGGCCCCUGUGGAGUGGAGGAAGGGGCCCAAGACCCUCAGAGCUGGGGACAGAAUCAGCUUGAGGCAGGACGGGACCAUGUGUGAGCUGGAGAUCCGUGGCCUGACCAUGGAUGAUGCUGGGGAGUACUCAUGUGUGUGUGAGCAGGAGAGGACAUCAGCCACACUGACCGUCAGAGCACUGCCUGCUCAGUUCAUCCAAAAUCUGAAGACCCAGGAAGCCAUGGAAGGGGACACAGCCACACUGAACUGUGAGCUGAGCAAGGCAGCCCCUGUGCAGUGGAGGAAAGGGUCCAAGACCCUCAGAGCUGGAGACAGAGUGAGCCUGAGGCAGGAUGGGACCAUGUGUGAGCUGAAGAUCUGUGGCCUGGCCGUGGCAGAUGCUGGAGAGUACUCAUGCAUGUGUGGGCAGGAGAGGACGUCGGCCAUGCUGACCAUCAGGGCUGUGCCCGCCAAGUUCACAAAGAGCCUGAGAAAGGAAGAGGUCACAGAAGGGGCCACAGCAAAGCUACACUGUGAGUUAAGCAAGGCAUCCUCUGUGGAGUGGAGGAAGGGGUCCGCGACCCUCAGAGCUGGGGACAGAGUCAGCCUGAGGCAGGACGGAAACAUGUGUGAGCUGGAGAUCCGUGGUCUGGCCAUGGAGGAUGCUGGGGAGUACUCAUGUGUGUGCGGGCAGGAGAGGACAACGGCCAUGCUGACUGUCAGGGGCCUGCCUGUCAAGUUCACAAAGAGCCUGAAGAAGGAAGAGGCCACGGAAGGGGCCACAGCAAAGCUGUGCUGUGAGUUAAGCAAGGUGGCCCCCGUGGAGUGGAGGAAGGGGUCUGAGACCCUCAGAGCUGGGGACAGAGUCAGCCUGAGGCAGGAAGGAAACGUGUGUGAGCUGGAGAUCCGUGGUCUGGCUGUGGUGGAUGCCGGGGAGUACUCAUGUGUGUGCGGGCAGGAGAGGACAUCAGCCACGCUGACUGUCAAGGCCCUGCCCGCCAAGUUCACAAAGAGCCUGAGGAAGGAAGAGGCCAUGGAAGGGGCGAUGGCCACGCUGCGCUGUGAGCUGAGCAGGGCAGUCCCCGUGGAGUGGAAGAAGGGGUCUGAGACCCUCAGAGCUGGGGACAGAGUGAGCCUGAGACAGGAUGGGACGGUGUGUGAGCUGGAGAUCCGCGACCUGGCCGUGGCAGAUGCCGGGGAGUACUCGUGUGUGUGCGGGCAGGAGAGAACGUCAGCCACGGUGACCGUCAGGGCCAUGCCUGCCAAGUUCACAAAGAGCCUGAGAAAGGAAGAGGCCACGGAAGGGGCCACAGCAAAGCUGUGCUGUGAGUUAAGCAAGGUGGCCCCCGUGGAGUGGAGGAAGGGGUCUGAGACCCUCAGAGCUGGGGACAGAGUCAGCCUGAGGCAGGAAGGAAACGUGUGUGAGCUGGAGAUCCGUGGUCUGGCUGUGGUGGAUGCCGGGGAGUACUCAUGUGUGUGCGGGCAGGAGAGGACAUCAGCCACGCUGACUGUCAAGGCCCUGCCCGCCAAGUUCACAAAGAGCCUGAGGAAGGAAGAGGCCAUGGAAGGGGCGAUGGCCACGCUGCGCUGUGAGCUGAGCAGGGCAGUCCCCGUGGAGUGGAAGAAGGGGUCUGAGACCCUCAGAGCUGGGGACAGAGUGAGCCUGAGACAGGAUGGGACGGUGUGUGAGCUGGAGAUCCGCGACCUGGCCGUGGCAGAUGCCGGGGAGUACUCGUGUGUGUGCGGGCAGGAGAGAACGUCAGCCACGGUGACCGUCAGGGCCAUGCCUGCCAAGUUCACAAAGAGCCUGAGAAAGGAAGAGGCCACGGAAGGGGCCACGGCAAAGCUACACUGUGAGUUAAGCAAGGCAUCCCCUGUGGAGUGGAGAAAGGGGUCCAAGACCCUCAGAGCUGGGGACAGAAUCAGCCUGAGGCAGGACGGACACAUGUGUGAGCUGGAGAUCUGUGGUGUGGCCAUGGAGGAUGCCGGGGAGUACUCGUGUGUGUGCGGGAAGGAGAGGACAUCGGCCAUGCUGACUGUCAAGGCCCUGCCCGCCAAGUUCACAAAGAGCCUGAGGAAGGAAGAGGCCAUGGAAGGGGCGAUGGCCACGCUGCGCUGUGAGCUGAGCAGGGCAGUCCCUGUGGAGUGGAAGAAGGGGUCUGAGACCCUCAGAGCCGGGGACAGAGUGAGCCUGAGACAGGAUGGGACGGUGUGUGAGCUGGAGAUCCGCGACCUGGCCGUGGCAGAUGCCGGGGAGUACUCGUGUGUGUGCGGGCAGGAGAGAACGUCAGCCAUGGUGACCGUCAGGGCCAUGCCUGCCAAGUUCACAAAGAGCCUGAGGAAUAAAGAGGCCACAGAAGGGGCCACAGCCAUGCUGCAUUGUGAGCUGAGCAAGGCGGUCCCUGUGGAGUGGAUGAAGGGCUCUGAGACCCUCAGAGCUGGGGCCAGAGUCAGCCUGAGGCAGGAUGGGACAGCAUGUGAGCUGGAGAUCCGUGACCUGGCUGUGGAGGAUGCCGGGGAGUACUCGUGUGUGUGUGGGCAGGAAAGGACAUCAGCCACUUUGACCAUUCAGGCUGUGCCCGCCAAGUUCACAAAGAGCCUGAGGAAGGAAGAGGCCACAGAAGGGGCCACAGCCAAGCUGUGCUGCAACCUGAGCAAGGUGGCCCCUGUGGAGUGGAGAAAGGGGUCCAAGACCCUCAGAGCUGGGGACAGAGUCAGCCUGAGGCAGGAUAGGACUGUGUGUGAGCUGGAGAUCAGUGGUCUGGCCAUGGAGGAUGCCGGGGAGUACUCGUGUGUGUGCGGGAAGGAGAGGACAUCGGCCAUGCUGACUGUCAAGGCCCUGCCCACCAAGUUCACAAAGAGCCUGAGGAAGGAAGAGGCCAUGGAAGGGGCUACGGCCACACUGCGCUGUGAGCUGAGCAAGGCGGUCCCCGUGGAGUGGAAGAAGGGGUCUGAGACCCUCAGAGCCGGGGACAGAGUGAGCCUGAGACAGGAUGGGACGGUGUGUGAGCUGGAGAUCCGCGACCUGGCCGUGGCAGAUGCCGGGGAGUACUCGUGUGUGUGCGGGCAGGAGAGAACGUCAGCCACGGUGACCGUCAGGGCCGUGCCUGCCAAGUUCACAAAGAGACUGAGAAAGGAAGAGGCCACGGAAGGGGCCACGGCAAAGCUACACUGUGAGUUAAGCAAGGCAUCCCCUGUGGAGUGGAGGAAGGGCUCUGACACCCUCAGAGCUGGGGACAGAAUCAGCCUGAGGCAGGACGGACACAUGUGUGAGCUGGAGAUCUGUGACGUUGUCAUGGAGGACGCCGGGGAGUACUCGUGUGUGUGCGGGAAGGAGAGGACAUCGGCCAUGCUGACUGUCAAGGCCCUGCCCGCCAAGUUCACAAAGAGCCUGAGGAAGGAAGAGGCCACAGAAGGGGCUACGGCCACACUGCGCUGUGAGCUGAGCAAGGCGGUCCCCGUGGAGUGGAAGAAGGGGUCUGAGACCCUCAGAGCCGGGGACAGAGUGAGCCUGAGACAGGAUGGGACGGUGUGUGAGCUGGAGAUCCGCGACCUGGCCGUGGCAGAUGCCGGGGAGUACUCGUGUGUGUGCGGGCAGGAGAGAACGUCAGCCACGGUGACCGUCAGGGCCGUGCCUGCCAAGUUCACAAAGAGACUGAGAAAGGAAGAGGCCACGGAAGGGGCCACGGCAAAGCUACACUGUGAGUUAAGCAAGGCAUCCCCUGUGGAGUGGAGGAAGGGCUCUGACACCCUCAGAGCUGGGGACAGAAUCAGCCUGAGGCAGGACGGACACAUGUGUGAGCUGGAGAUCUGUGACGUUGUCAUGGAGGACGCCGGGGAGUACUCGUGUGUGUGCGGGAAGGAGAGGACAUCGGCCAUGCUGACUGUCAAGGCCCUGCCCGCCAAGUUCACAAAGAGCCUGAGGAAGGAAGAGGCCACAGAAGGGGCUACGGCCACACUGCGCUGUGAGCUUAGCAAGGCGGUCCCCGUGGAGUGGAAGAAGGGGUCUGAGACCCUCAGAGCCGGGGACAGAGUGAGCCUGAGACAGGAUGGGACGGUGUGUGAGCUGGAGAUCCGUGACCUGGCUGUGGCAGAUGCUGGGGAGUACUCGUGUGUGUGCGGGCAGGAGAGAACGUCAGCCACGGUGACCGUCAGUGCCCCACAGGUGGUAUUCAGAGAGCCACUCAGGAGCGUGCAGGCUGAGGAGGGUGCCUCGGCCACACUGAGGUGUGAGCUUUCCCAGCCCAAUGCUGCUGUGGUCUGGAGCAAGGGUGGCCUGGAGCUGCAGGCUGAUGGGCGCUGGGAGCCUCGGCAGCGGGGCUACACUGCGGAGCUCGUGCUGUGGGACCUGCGCAGAGAGGACGCGGGCGAGUACACUUGUGCCUGUGGACCCCAAGCCACCAGUGCUGCCCUCACCGUUACAGCUGCACCAGUGCGCUUUCUCCGGGAGCUGCAGGCCCAGGAGGUGGAUGAAGGUGCCACUGCCCACCUGCACUGUGAGCUGAGCCAAGAGGGUGCUAGCGUGGAGUGGCGCAAGGACUCCCUGCAGCUCUUCCCUUGUGCCAAGUACCAGAUGGUGCAGGAGGGAAGGGCUGCCGAGCUGUGGGUACACCGCACUGAGCAGGAGGAUGCUGGCCACUACACCUGUGACACGGGCCACGCACAGAGCACGGCCAGCCUCUCUGUCCGAGCCCCUAGGCCCACAUUCCAGAUGGAGCUGCAGAGCAUGGAGCAGGAGGCCGGCAAUGUGGCCCGGCUACGCUGCCAGCUGAGUGAGGCAGAGCCUAGAGUCCCAGUGCAGUGGCUCAAGGAGGGUGUGGAGCUGCAUGUGAGUCCCAAGUAUGAGAUACGGCGUGUGGGGACCAUGUGCGAGCUGCUGAUCCAUGGGCUGGAGGCCAAGGACACGGGCGAGUACGUCUGCAUGGCCGGUGGUCAGAAAACCAUGGCUUCUGUCAUGGUCAAAGAGCCUGAGGUGACCAUUGUGCGGGGGCUGGAGGAUGCCGAGGUGCAGGUCGACGGGGAGGUGGAGUUCAGUUGUGAGGUGUCACGGGCUGGGGCCACGGCUGUGGAGUGGCACCUCCAGGGCCUGCCACUGCAGAACAACGAGGUGACAGAGCUGGCUGUGCGGGGUGGCCGCACCCACACGCUGCGGCUGAAGGGUGUGACCCCUGAGGAUGCGGGCACCGUCUCCUUCCACGUGGGCGCCCACACAUCCUCUGCCCAGCUCACUGUCCGAGUCCCUGAUGUGAGCAUCCUGGAGCCCCUGCAGGAUGUACAGCUCAGUGAGGGCCAGGACGCCCACUUCCGGUGCCAGCUAUCCAGGGCCUGCAGCCAGGAGGCCCGCUGGGCCCUGGGAGGGGUGCCCCUGCAGGCCAAUGAGAUGAAUGACAUCACCGUGGAGCAUGGCACACUGCAUCUGCUCACCCUGCACAAGGUGACCCUGGAAGAUGCGGGAACCAUCAGCUUCCAAAUGGGCUCAUGUAGCUCAGAAGCCCAGCUGAAGGUCACAGAGGCAGUACCACGCCUGGUACGUGGCUUGCAGAACGUGGACGUCUUUGCGGGGGAGGCGGCCACAUUCUCCUGUGAGGUGUCCUGUGCGGGGGGGCCGGAGGCCCGCUGGUGGCUGGAUGGCACCCUGCUGCAGGAUGGUCCCCAGAGUGCUAUCUCCGUGCGUGACGGGACCUUCCACUCCCUCACACUCUCGGGCCUGGGGGUUGCUGACUCAGGCACCAUCACCUACCGUGCAGGGCCCCUGGUUUCCACGGCCAAGUUGUUGGUCAAAGAUCCCACGGUGGAGGUGGUCAGUGCCAUGCAGGACCUGGCCGUGGAGGAGGGCGGCCCAGCCGAGCUCCUCUGCCAGUACUCGAGGCCUGUGCAGGCCACGUGGAAGAUGGACGAGCAAGAGGUGUGCGCUGACGGGCGCCGUGUCAUCAUAGAGCAGGACUGGACCGUGGCCAGGCUGUCGUUCAGGCCGGCCUUGCCCUGCGACAGUGGCAUCUAUUCUUGUGAGGCUGCGGGCACCCGUGUGGUGGCCCUGCUGCAGGUGCAAGCCAAGAACACAGUGGUGCGCGGCCUGGAGAACGUGGACGCACUCGAAGGCGGCGAGGCGCUGUUCGAGUGCCAGCUGUCCCGCCCCGAGGUGGCCGCCCACACCUGGUUGCUGGACGACGAGCCUGUGCGAACCUCCGAGAACGCGGAGGUGGUCUACUUCGAGAACGGCCUGCGGCACCUGCUGCUGCUCAAAAACCUGCGGCCGCAGGACAGCUGCCGGGUGACCUUCCUGGCAGGGGACGUGGUGACGUCCGCGUUCCUCACAGUCAGAGGCUGGCGCCUGGAGGUACUGGAGUCCCCGCAGGACGCGGCCGUGCGAGCCGGUGGGCAGGUCCGCUUCAGCUGCACGCUCAGUGAGGCGGUGCCGGUGGGCGAGGCGACGUGGUACAUCAACGGGGCCGCCGUGCAGCCGGACGACUGCAACUGGACGGUCACCGCCGACGGCAGCCACCACACCCUGCAGCUGCGCAGUGCCCAGCCACAGCACGCUGGCGAGGUCACCUUCGCCGCCCGCGACGCUGUGGCCUCCGCGCGGCUCACCGUACUAGGCCUCCCAGACCCUCCAGAGGACGCAGAGGUGGUGGCGCGCAGCGGCCGUUCAGUAACGCUGUCCUGGGUGGCGCCUGCAAGCGACGGUGGAGGCGGUCUCUGCGGCUAUAGGGUGGAGAUGAAGGCGGCGGCCACAGGCGAGUGGCGGCUGUGCCAUGAGCUGGUGCCUGGGCCUGAGUGCGUGGUGGACGGCCUGGCCCCCGGGGAGACCUACCGCUUCCGCGUGGCAGCAGUGGGCCCAGCGGGGGCUGGGGAGCCCGUGCACCUGCCGCAGACAGUGAAGCUCGAGCCCCUGGAGCCGGUGCCUGCGGCCAGCGCCCCCGUGCCUGCGGUCCCCACCCCCGUGUCUUCAGUCCCCGUGCCUGUGGCCCCGGUUCCUGCGCACCCAGCUCCCACACCUCUCGCUCCCGAGAGCCGGCAGGUGGCUGCCGGCGAGGACGUGUGUCUGGAGUGCGAGGUGGCUGAGGCGGGCGAGGUGGUGUGGCUGAAGGGGGCGGAGGUCAUCCAACCCAGCGGGCGCUUCCAGGUUCUCUGCCAGGGUCAGCGGCGGAUGCUGGUGAUCCGGGGCUUCUCAGCGGAGGACCAGGGGGAGUACCACUGUGGCCUCACCAGAGACCCGGCCUCCUCUGCAGCUGCCUCCUUCCAGGUGGUGCUGACCACGGGAUCUGAGGACGAGACCCCUGCACAGCCCAGCCUGCCCCCCGAGGCAGCCCAGGAGGGUGACCUGCACCUGCUGUGGGAGGCCCUGGCCCGGAAGCGUCGCAUGAGCCGUGAACCCACGCUGGACUCCAUCAGUGAGCUGCCCGAGGAGGAUGGUCGUUCACCACGCCCGCGGCAGGAGGUAGAAGAAGUGGCCCCAGACCUCUCUGAGGACUACUCCACAGCAGACGAGCUGGCACGCACUGGCGAAGCCGACCUCUCGCAUACCAGCUCUGACGAUGAGUCCCGGGCAGGCACUCCCUCCCUGGUUACCUACCUCAAGAAGGCUGGGAAGCCCAGCACCUCACCACUGGCCAGCAAGCUUGGGAUCCCUGCAGUUGGGAAGCCACAGAAGCAUCAGGAACAGCUACCUGCAGUUCACCCACCCCUGGGAAACCUGAGGGCUGAAGACCUGGGUGACCUGUCCAUGGACAAGGCAGCGGUGAAGAUCCAGGCUGCCUUCAAAGGCUACAAGGUCCGCAAAGAGAUGAAGCAGCAGGAAGGACCCGUGUUCUCCCGCACGUUUGGGGACACUGAGGCACAGGUGGGGGAUGUCCUGCGUCUGGAGUGUGUGGUGUCCAGCAAGGCGGAUGUGCGUGCUCGCUGGCUGAAGGACGGCGUGGAGCUGACUGACGGCCGGCACCACCACAUCGACCAGCUUGGGGACGGCACUUGCUGUCUGCUGGUGACAGGCCUGGGCCGUGCAGACGCUGGCCGCUACACCUGCCAGGUGAGCAGCAAGUUCGGCCACGUGGCCCACAGCGCCUGUGUGGUAGUCAGCGGGACGGAGAGCGAGGCGGAGAGCUCCUCUGGGGGCGAGCUGGAUGACGCCUUCCGCCGAGCAGCCCGGCGGCUGCACCGCCUGUUCCGCACCAAGGGCCCGGCCGAAGUAUCGGACGAAGAGAUCUUCCUGAGCGCAGACGAGGGCCCGGCGGAGGCGGAGGAGCCGGGGGACUGGCGGACGUACCGCGAAGAAGAGCACUUUGUCUACAUUCGCUUCGAGGCGCUUGCCGAGGCCCACCGUGCGGUCACCUGCUUCCGGGAGAUGUUUGGCACCAUGGGCAUCGGCGUGGACAUCAGCCUGUCAGAGCAGGGGCCCCGGGGGGUGGAGAUGCGCAUCAGCAAGGUGGCUCCUGCCCCCGCAGCAGCUCAGGAGGUGGUGCCCCGGCCGCUGACCACAGACGCCGCCCCAGUGUUCCUGACUGAGCUGCAGAAUCAGGAGGUGCAGGACGGGUACCCCGUGAGCUUCGACUGUGUGGUGACAGGCCAGCCGGUGCCCACCGUGUGCUGGUUCAAGGAUGGCAGGAUGCUGGAGGAGGAUGACCACUACAUGAUCAGUGAGGACCAACAGGGCGGCCACCAGCUCAUCAUCACUGCAGUGGUACCUGCAGACAUGGGUGUCUACCGCUGCAUGGCUGAGAACAGCAUGGGUGUGUCGUCCACCAAGGCAGAGCUCCGUGUGGACCUGACCAGCACGGACUAUGAAACUGCGGCCGAUGCAACGGAGACCUCCUCCUACUUCAGCGCCCAAGGCUACCUGUCCAGCCGGGAGCAAGAGGGCACGGAGUCUACCUCAGAGGAGGGGCAGCUGCCCCAGGUGGUGGAGGAGAUGAAGGACCUCCAGGUGGCCCCUGGCACGCGCCUGGCCAAGUUCCAGCUCAAAGUGAAAGGCUACCCAGCGCCACGGCUGUACUGGUUCAAAGACGGGCAGCCCCUGACGGCUUCUGCACACAUCCGCAUGGCUGACAGGAAGACGAUUCACACCCUGGAGGUUGUAUCUGUCACCAAGGAGGAUGCCGGCCAGUACUCAGCCUACAUUAGCAACGCCGUGGGCGCCGCCUACUCAUCAGCCCGGCUGCUGGUCCGAGGCCCCAAAGAUCCCGAAGAGAAGCCAGAAUCAGAUGUGUACCAGCAGCUGGUGCCGCCCCGAUUCCUGGAAAGAUUCACCUCCAAGAAAGUGAAGAAAGGCUCCAGCAUCACCUUUUCAGUGAAGGUGGAAGGGUGCCCAGCCCCAGCCGUGCACUGGCUGCGGGAGGAGGCUGAGCGAGGCGUGCUGUGGAUUGGCCGUGACACGCCAGGCUACACGGUGGCCAGCUCUGCACAGCAGCACAGUCUGGUCCUGCUGGAUGUGGGCAGACAGCACCAGGGCACAUACACCUGCAUCGCCAGCAACAGCGCUGGCCAGGCCCUCUGCUCCGCUAGCCUGCACAUCUCUGGCCUGCCCAAGGAAGCAGGGGCAGCAGAGGAGCAUGCUGGGGUGAAGGAGGCCCUCAUCUCCACCUUCCUGCAGGGGACCCAAGCCGUCUCCACGCAGAUGUCAGAACCUGCAGGUUUCACUGAUCUUGCUGGGCAGAGGAAAGGAGAGCCGAUGGCGGUGGAGGCCCGUAGCCACUUGUCCUUGGCCGAGGUGGGCACAGAGGAGUUCCUGCAGAAGCUCACCUCCCAGAUCACAGAGAUAGUGUCGGCCAAGAUCACGCAGGCCAAGCUGCAGGUGCCUGGAGGUGACAGCGAUGAGGAAUCUAAGACACCAUCUGCAUCCCCCUGGCAUGGCCGUUCCCGCCCCUCCUCCAGCGUCCAGGAGUCAUCCUCGGAGUCGGAGGAUGGGGACUCCCGUGGCGAGAUCUUCGACAUCUAUGUGGUCACGGCUGACUACCUGCCCCUGGGGGCCGAGCAGGAUGCCAUCUCACUGCGGGAGGGCCAGUAUGUGGAAGUGCUGGACUCCGCCCACCCGCUGCGCUGGCUUGUGCGCACCAAGCCCACCAAGUCCAGCCCCUCACGGCAGGGCUGGGUGUCCCCUGCCUACCUGGACAGGCGGCUCAAGCUGUCACCCGAGUGGGGGCCCACCGAGGCCCCCGAGUUCCCGGGGGAGGCCGUGUCUGAGGAUGAAUACAAGACAAGGCUAAGCUCCAUCAUCCAGGAGCUGCUGAGCUCUGAGCAGGCCUUUGUGGGCAAGCUGCAGUUCCUGCAAAGCCACCACAUGCAGCACCUGGACCACUGCCCCCAUGUACCUGCGGCUGUGGCCUCCCAGAAGGCUGUCAUCUUUCGAAACGUGCAGGACAUCAGCCAUUUCCACAGCAGCUUCCAGAGGGAGCUGCAGCAGUGUGACACAGAUGACGAUGUGGCCAUGUGCUUCAUCAAGAACCAGGCGGCCUUUGAGAAGUACCUGGAGUUCCUGGUAGGCCGCGUACAAGCCGAGUCUGCGGUGGUCAGCACAGCAGUGCAGGAGUUCUACAAGAAAUACACGGAAGACGUGCUGUCAGCCUUAGACCCCUCGCAGCCACCACUGCCGCCCCUGCAGCACUUCCUAGAACAGCCUGUGGAGCGGGUCCAGCAGUACCAGGCCCUGCUCAAGGAGCUGAUCCGCAACAAGGCGAGAAACAGGCAGAACUGCGCGCUGUUGGAGCAGGCGUAUGCCGUGGUGUCGGCCCUGCCGCAGCGCGCUGAGAACCAACUGCACGUGUCGCUCAUGGAGAACUACCCGGGCACCCUGCAGGCCCUGGGCGAGCCCAUCCGCCAGGGCCACUUCAUCGUGUGGGAGGGGGCGCCGGGUGCACGGAUGCCCUGGAAGGGCCACCAUCGGCAUGUCUUCCUGUUCCGCCACCACCUGGUGGUCUGCAAGCCGAGACGGGAUUCCCGCACCGACACCUUCAGCUAUGUCUUCCGGAACAUGAUGAAGCUGAGCAGCAUCGACCUGAAUGACCAGGUGGAGGGUGACGACCGCGCCUUCGAGGUUUGGCACGAGCGAGAGGACUCUGUGCGCAAGUAUCUGCUGCAGGCGCGGACGGUCAUCACCAAGAAUUCCUGGGUGAAGGAGAUCUGCGGCAUCCAGCAGCGCCUGGCCCUGCCCGUGUGGCAACCCCCAGAUUUCGAAGAGGAGCUGGCAGACUGCACAGCCGAGCUGGGUGAGACUGUCAAGCUGGCCUGCCGUGUGACAGGCACACCCAAGCCCAUCGUCAGCUGGUACAAAGACGGGAAGCCAGUGGAAGUGGACCCUCACCACAUCCUCAUCGAGGACCCCGAUGGCUCAUGUGCCCUCAUUCUGGACAACCUGACUGGCGUGGACUCCGGCCAGUACAUGUGCUUCGCGGCCAGUGCUGCUGGCAAUGCCAGCACCCUAGGCAAGAUACUGGUGCAAGUACCCCCACGGUUUGUGAAAAAGGUCCGGGCAGUGCCCUUUGUGGAGGGAGAGGACGUUCAGGUCACCUGUACCAUCGAAGGUGCCCCACACCCCCAGAUCAGGUGGUACAAGGACGGGGCCCUGCUGACACCCAGCGGCAAAUACCGAACCCUGAACGAGCCCCGCAGUGGCCUGCUGGUGUUGGAGAUCUUGGCGGCCAACAAGGAGGACCUGGGCCACUAUGAGUGCGAGUUGGUGAACCGGCUGGGCUCUGCGAGGGGCGGGGCAGAGCUGUGCAUGCAGAGCCCAGCUGUGCGAGCCCGGGAACAACGUCGCAGAGAGCAGCUUGCAGCUGUGGAAGAUGCUGCCGCCCCUCCCCCAGUUGCCCUGGAGCCAGCAGACAAGGAGAUCACGUCUGUUCCAAGGACACUGGUGUGCCCCGAGGCUCCAGGACCCUCCACAGGGGACCACGCUGGCCCCAUCCCUGGCCCUGGGGGGCCACCCAAACUCCAGGAGGCUGGCCCCAAACUCCUAGGCCCGGAGGUUGCAGAUGCAUCUGGUGAGGCCCAGUGGCCUCAGGCUGACCACAAAGUGCCACCUGCUCUCAGGGUCCCCCCUGUGCUGGCUUCAACCUUGGCCACCCCAGCUGAGCCUCAGAAGGUGCCAGAGCCUCUCCCCCAGGAGGGCCAGGAGCAGGACUUGGGGGCCCAUGCUGAGGCCCAGGGACGCACUGUGCCCAUCCGGAUGGAGGGUACAGCCUGGCCGGGAGCAGGAGCAGUGGACCUAUGGGACAUCCACAGCCAGGUGUUCAUGGAGACCACGCAUCGGACAUACGUGUACCAGGCCAGCGACACGGGUGCCACAAGGCCCCCAUCCAUGCAGGUCACCAUCGAAGACGUGCAGGCACAGAGGGGCAGCACCGCGCAGUUCCAAGCGGUCAUCGAGGGCAACCCGCAGCCCACAGUGACCUGGUACCGGGAUGAUGCCCAGGUGGUGGACGGCGCCAGGCUCAGCCAGCAGCGGGAAGGGACUACCUACUCCCUGGUGCUAAGGGACGUGACCCAGCAGGACGCAGGCGUCUACACCUGCCUGGCCCAAAACGCUGGUGGCCAGGUGCUGUGUAAAGCGGAGCUGGUGGUCCACGGGGGAGACAGCGAUCCUGACACUGAGAAGCAAAGCUAUCGAAGGAAGCUGCACUCUUUCUAUGAGGUCAAGGAGGAAAUUGGAAGGGGCGUGUUCGGUUUCGUGAAGAGGGUGCAGCACAAGGGAAACCAGAUGUUCUGCGCGGCCAAGUUCAUCCCCCUGCGGAGCAGGACGCGCACUCAGGCGUACCGCGAGAGGGACAUCCUGGCCACGCUCAGCCACCCGCUGGUCACAGGGCUGCUUGACCAGUUUGAGACCCGGAAGACCCUGAUCCUUGUCCUGGAGCUGUGUUCCUCAGAGGAGCUGCUGGACCGGCUGUUCAAGAAGAGUGUGGUGACUGAGGCUGAGGUCAAGGUGUACAUCCAGCAGCUGGCAGAAGGGCUGCAUUAUCUGCACGGCCAGAGCAUUCUCCAUUUGGACAUAAAGCCCCCAAAUAUCCUGAUGGUGCAUCCUGCUCGGGAGGACAUUAAAAUCUGCGACUUCGGCUUUGCCCAAAAAAUCACCCCAGCAGAGCCACAAUACAGCAAGUAUGGCUCCCCAGAGUUUGUAUCCCCUGAGAUCAUUGAGCAGACUCCCGUGAGCGAGGCCUCGGACAUCUGGGCCAUGGGGGUCAUCUCCUAUCUCAGCCUGACCUGCUCGUCACCGUUUGCCGGUGAGAGUGACCGAGCCACCCUCCUGAAUGUGCUGGAGGGGCGGGUGUCUUGGAGCAGCCCCAUGGCUGCCCACCUCAGCGAGGAUGCCCAGGAAUUUAUCAAGGCUGCCCUGAAGAGGGCCCCAGAGGCCCGACCUAGCGCAGCCAAGUGCCUGGCCCACCCUUGGUUCCAGAAGUCCGUGCCCGCGGAGGAAGCCCACUUCAUCAACACCAAGCAACUCAAGUUCCUGCUAGCCCGCAGCCGCUGGCAGCGCUCCCUGAUGAGCUACAAGUCCAUCCUGGUGAUGCGCUCCAUUCCCGAGCUGCUCCAGGGCCCGCCCGACAGCCCGUCCCUCGGGGUGGCCCGGCACCUGCACGAAGGCGCCAGCGCCGCCUCCAGCAGCUCGUCCUCGUCCUCCGACAACGAGCUGGCACCCUUCGCCCGGGCCAAAUCGCUGCCGCCCUCUCCGGUGACCCACUCCCCGCUGCUGCACCCGCGGGGCUUCUUGCGGCCAUCCGCUAGCCUGCCGGAGGAGGCCGAGGCUUGCGCAUCUGCCGCCGCCGCGCCUCGGCCGGCGUCGCCCCCAGGUGCAGAGGUGCCUGCUACCCCGGGCUGCGUUCCCCGCCAGAGUGUCAUCCGCAGCCUCUUCUACCAGCAGGCAGGCGAGGCCCCGGAGCGCGGAGGCCCCGCCAUGGGCGGCAGGCGGCACCCCGCCCGGCGGAGGCACCUGCUCAAGGGCGGCUACUUCGCAAAGGCCCUGCCCGGCCUGCGGGAGCCGCUGCUGGAGCAUCGCGCGCUGGAGGAGGAGGCCGCCCGGGAGGAGCAGGCCGCUCUGAUGGCCAAAGCGCCCUCCUUCGAGACCGCCCUGCGGCUGCCUGGCUCCAGCGCCCGAGUGGCACCCAGCCGCAGCCGAUCCCUGGAGCUCGACCAGCCACACUCCGCCAGCUCCUCCACUGAGGCCUGUGGCCGGGGGCAGUGCCCUGCCCCAGGCCUCUCAGGCCUCCAGAUAGCCUCAGGGGAGAGCCUGCCAGGAGGGGUCACAUGUGCCCAGGAGAUGCAGCGUCCAGAGGGAUCCCAGCAGGGGCCAAGACUAUUGCCAUCCAUAGGGGGCCUCCCAGGGUCUGCUCAGCAAGAGGGGUCAUCCCAGGACAGCUGUAGGGAACAGCCCGCCCCUUCCUUCCAUCCCCAGUGGGGUUCCGCUCCCCUGCAAGGCUGUCAACCCCUUAAGGCUGUUACACCACAACUUUCUGGCUCCUUCCCUUCAGAGCAGUGCACGGGGCCCCUCUGGGCAUCCUCCAGCCCCUUCCUCUCAGGGGAGACCCAGGCUCCCCUCUCCCCAGCCCAAGAAAGCUGCCAGCCAGGCUCUAUGGAGGGUCCAAAGGACACUUGUCUCCCUGGGAGGCUGAGUCCCCCUAGCUCCUCAGGGCUGGCUUCCCAGGUGGGCACGGGGCCUGGUCCCUCCCAGGAUGCCACCCUGGAGCUGGAGGAUGCAUCAGAACCGGAGCCCAGCCCACAACGGCCUCAGGAGCAGGCCACCAUGCGGAAGUUCUCCCUGGGGCAACGUGGUGGCUACGCAGGAGUGGCGGGUUAUGGCACCUUUGCCUUUGGUGGGGAUGCAGGAGGCAUGCUGGGGCAGGGUCCCCUGUGGGCCAGGAUGGCCUGGGCUACCUCUCAGUCCUCAGAGGAGCAUGAUGACACUGGGGCUCAGAGCCCACCCCCCCAGGCCAGCGCAGCGCCCCUUCCCGAGGGCAGCGGGGCACCCCCAAGGGCCUCCCCAGAGCUGAGCUCGUGGGAAGACUUCGGCAGGGGCUCCCAGGUGUCCCUGGUGCAGAUCCGAGACCUGUCUGGGGACUCAGAAGCAGCGGACACCUUGUCCCUGGACAUCUCAGAGGUGGAGCCUGCCUACCUCAACCUGUCUGACCUGUAUGACAUCAAGUACCUCCCUUUCGAGUUCAUGAUCUUCAGGAAGGUCCCCAAGCCUGUGGAACCAGAGUCACCUUCCUCCCCGGAAUCCGAGGCAGAGGAGGAGCUGGCUGAGUUCCCAGAGGCCACGUGGCCCUGGCCAGGCGCACUGAGUCCACCAGCCAGCCUGCAGAUCACAGAGGAGCCAGAGGACAUGGAGACCCUGCUCGGGGAGGCCACUGGCAGUAGGAAGCGGAAAUGGUCACCCCCCUCCGGUGGCCUCUUCUACCUCCCCAGGAGACACACGCUGGAGGAGCCCCUGGAGCUGGGACUGCGAAGGAGGGUGAGGGCCUCGGUGGCCCACAUCUCCCGCCUCCUGAGGGGCAGGCCGGAAGGUCUGGAGAAAGAGAGCCCCCCCAGGAAGAAGGCAGGCCUGGCUUCCUUUCGGCUGGGCCUGAAAAGCAAGGACCGAGCGCCAUCCUUUCUAAGGGAGCUCUCAGAUGAAAUGGUGGUCUUGGGCCAGUCAGUGACUCUUGCCUGCCAAGUGUCAGCACAGCCAGCUGCACAGGCCACCUGGAGCAAAGAUGGGACUCCCCUGGAGAGUAGCAGCCGCAUCCUUAUCUCCUCCACACUCAAGAAUUUCCAGCUCCUGACCAUCCUGGUGGUGAAUGCUGAUGACCUGGGAGUAUACACGUGCAGUGUUCACAACACACUGGGGACUGCGGCCACCACGGCCGUCCUCCGGAAGGCAGAGCGCCCCUCGUCUUCCCCCCGCCCAGACAUCGGGGAGGUAUAUGCCGAUGGGGUGCUGCUGGUCUGGAAACCCGUGGAGUCAUACGGCCCCGUGACCUACAUUGUGCAGUGCAGCUUGGAAGGUGGCAGCUGGAACACCCUGGCUUCUGACAUCUUCGACUGCUGCUACGGUGCCAGCAAGCUUUCGAGGGGCGGCACAUACAUCUUCCGAACGGCCUGCGUCAGCAAGGCGGGCAUGGGUCCUUACAGCAGCCCCUCAGAGCCAGUCCUCCUGGGAGGGCCCAGCCACCUGGCCUCUGAGGAGGAGAGCAGCGCCUCGAGGCCAGCCCAGCCCCUCCCCAGCACGCAGACGUUCGCCUUCCAGACGCAGAUCCGAAGGGGCCGCUUCAGCGUGGUGCGGCAGUGCCGGGAGAAGGCCAGUGGACGCGCGCUGGCCGCGAAGAUCGUUCCCUAUCGCCCCGAGGACAGGACUGCCGUACUGCGCGAAUACGAGGCUCUCAAGAGCCUGCGCCACCCGCACCUGGCCCAGCUGCAGGCCGCCUACCUCAGCCCCCGGCACCUGGUCCUCAUCUUGGAACUUUGCUCGGGACCCGAGCUGCUCCCCUGCCUGGCGGAGAGGGUCUCCUACUCAGAGUCGGAGGUGAAGGAUUACCUAUGGCAGAUGCUUAGCGCCGCCCAGUACCUGCACGCCCAGCGCAUUCUGCAUCUGGACCUCAGGUCCGAGAACAUGAUCGUCACCGAAUACAACUUACUCAAGGUCGUCGACCUGGGCAACGCCCAGAGCCUCGCCCAGGAGAAGGUCCUGCCCUCCGAGAGGUUCAAGGACUACGUGGAGACCAUGGCUCCCGAGCUCCUGGAGGGCCAGGGUGCCGUCCCACAGACCGACAUCUGGGCUAUAGGCGUGACAGCCUUCAUCAUGCUGAGCGCGGAGUACCCGGUGAACGGUGAAGGGACACGCGACCUGCAGAAAGCCUUGCGCAAGGGGCUCAUCCGUCUGGGUUGCUGCUACGCGGGGCUGUCCGGCGGCGCGGUGGCUUUUCUCCGGAGCACGUUGUGUGCGCACCCCUGGGGCCGGCCGUGCGCGACCAGCUGCCUACAGUGUCCAUGGCUAACCGAGGAGGGCCCUGCGGGCUCCCAGCCCGCGGCUGUCUCCUUCUCCACCGCGCGACUUCGAGCCUUCGUGCGCCAGCGAGAGAAGAAGAGGGCGCUGCUGUACAAGAAGCACAACUUGGCCCAGGUGCACUAAGCACCCGGCCUGGCAGAGAGGGUGUGUGUGUGAUGGGGGGUGGGAGGUCGCCCUUCUGGGCUGCGCCCCUCAGUUUCCGCUCUAGGACUCGCUGUAUAUGAACAGACAGGCCAAUAAAAAAGCAGAACCGGA